AUGCCUCGUCGCACGUACAAUAUCGCCAUGGUGUGCGAUUUCUUCUAUCCUCAGCCCGGAGGAGUUGAAAGUCACAUAUACCAACUCGCGACCAAGCUGAUUGACCGAGGUCAUAAAGUUAUCGUCAUUACCCACGCCUAUGAGAGUCGAAAGGGUAUUCGAUAUUUGACUAAUGGCGUUAAAGUCUUCCAUGUUCCUUUUGCCAUCAUCUACCGAUCCACAAGCUUUCCUACCGUGUUCUCAUUCUUCCCUCUAUUCCGCAAUAUCAUGAUUCGAGAGCGCAUAGAGAUCGUCCACGGUCACGCCACCAUGAGCGCUUUGUGUCAAGAAGCGAUCCUUCAUGGUCGAACUAUGGGUCUUCGCACUGUUUUUACAGAUCAUUCUCUGGUUGGCUUCGCCGACGCUGGUAGCAUUCUUACCAAUAAAUUGCUUAAGUUUACGUUGAGUGAUGUUGACCAUACCAUUUGCGUUAGCCACACCGGCAAAGAGAACACCGUUCUGAGAGCCGCUCUCGACCCUUUGAUGGUUUCCGUUAUCCCUAAUGCUCUCGUAUCUGACGACUUCAAACCUCUACCGCGGCCCGAACAGGGAAGCUUACCAUUCGCUCAGCAUCCCUUACCAGCCCAUCCUCUUGGACCAAAUGACACUAUCACCAUUGUGGUAGUCAGCCGCCUUUUCUAUAACAAAGGGACGGAUCUCCUUACCGCUGCCAUUCCCCGUGUCCUCGAAAACCAUCCGAAUACUCGCUUUAUAAUUGCUGGUUCAGGGCCCAAAGCUAUUGAUCUACAGCAGAUGAUUGAGCAGAAUGUCCUGCAGGACAAAGUCGAGAUGCUGGGAUCUGUACGGCAUGAAAAUGUGCGAGAUAUAAUGGUCAGAGGUCAUAUCUAUCUUCAUCCUAGCUUGACGGAGGCAUUUGGUACUGUGAUAGUUGAAGCUGCAAGUUGCGGUCUAUACGUGGUUUGCACAGCCGUCGGCGGCAUUCCCGAAGUGCUGCCUUCCCACAUGACAGUCUUCGCAAAGCCCGAAGAAAAUGACCUUGUGGCUGCUACAGGAAGGGCGAUUGCAGCCCUUCGUGCGAAUAAAAUUCGCACCGAAAGAUUCCAUGAACAAGUGAAGACUAUGUAUUCCUGGACUAAUGUAGCCAAACGAGCCGAACGGGUUUAUAGGGGUAUAUCAGGUGACAUCAGCGAAGACGAAUUCUAUGGGUCGGACAUGGGCAACGCCUCCCAUUGGGGUGCUACCAGGGUGCGCAACUUCGCUCUCAUUGAUCGCUUGAAACGAUAUUACGGGUGCGGCGUGUGGGCCGGCAAGCUGUUUUGCCUCUGUGUAGUCAUUGACUACUUGAUAUUCAUCUUUUGCGAAUGGUGGUGGCCUAAGGACCAAAUCGACAUUGCACGCGACUGGCCACGGAAACCUCCACCUCCUGACGACGAGGACGAAUGA